AUGGAAGAGAGUACAAAUGAUUUCCUAAAGAAGUUGUUGCUUGACAAUCAACAGCUUAGGACCGAUUUCAGAAAUCUUGAGAGGCAGAUGGGGCAGUUAGCAACAAAUGAAAACACUAGACCUGCAGGCGCUCUCCCCAGUGAUACAGAGAAGAACCCUCAAGUGAAUGUAGUUACACUCAGAAACGGGAGGGAGCUAGAGAAAGUGCCAAAGAAAAGAAAAGACAAGUCCAUACCCGAGGGUGAGUUGAUCCCUAAGGCGACACACGAAUCAAAGAAUACUGAUGCAAUUCCAGAGCCAGUGGAGGCUACAAGGCCACCACCACCUUUCCCCAAAGAUUGCAGAAAAAAAAUGAUGAUCGCAUUUGCACUUACUGAGGAGUACACUUCAAGGGUCCAAAACAAGCUCCCUCAAAAGCUUAAGGAUCCUGGCAGCUUUACCAUCCCUGUGCGAAUUGGUAAUAUUGAUGUGGGUCGUGCUCUUUGCGAUUUGGAGGUGAGCAUAAAUCUGAUGCCAUUAUCCUUGUUCAAGCAAUUGGGCCUGGGAGCUCCAAGGUUAACUACUGUGAUGUUACAGCUGGUUCAUAGGUCGAUAGCACACCCUGAGGGGGUGAUUGAAGAUUUGUUGCUGCAAAUUGGGAAAUUUAUCAGCCCUGCGGACUUCAUUAUCCUAGAUUAUGAGGCCGAUGAACUGGUACCAAUCAUAUUGGGGUGA